UAUUUAGGUAAGAUUAAUGAGCGUCUGUUAAACAGCGACUUAUGGAUAUCGAAAAAUCUGACAAAAUAUUUCUUGUAUAAAUUCUUGUUAAUCGGCAUUUUACAAUGGCAGAUGUAUUUUGCUGUUUGCGGAGAUGUUUCGGUGACACAAAUCCCGGUCACAUUCGAUUACAAGAGAUUCCAUCAGUACAACUGGACACAACAAACAUGGGUUCAGAGGUUGUAAUAGUGAAAAAUGGUCGUAGAAUAUGUGGUACUGGUGCUGCUUUUUCAAAUGCUCCAAUAAAUCAAGAUAAGGCAUACUUUGAGAUUAAAGUUCAAUCUUCAGGUGUAUGGGGUGUUGGUUUAGCAACUAGAAAAUGUAGCAUCAACAGAGUUCCUCUAGGUGACACAGAGGAAUCAUGGGUACUGAGGCAUGAUGGGAGGUUGUUUCACAAUAAUGAGGAGAAAGGAAAACUCCCGGAGACUCUACAAGAGGGCGAUGUCGUGGGGUUGACAUACGACCAUGUAGAACUUAACUUCCGACUCAAUGAUAAGCCUAUGAAUACUCCUGUACUUGGUAUAAAGGGAACAGUUUACCCUGUGUUCUAUGUUGACGAAGGGGCAACGUUAGAUGUUCAGUUUACAAAUUUCUACAACGACCCUCCAGAUGGGUAUGACAGCAUUAUGAUAGAACAGUCAUUAUUAUAGUGCAUAUAUAUAUAAAUAGACAAUUUUAAUCUGUAACGUACUAUUAACUUAAAUAAUGGACUUAUAUUGAAUUGCCAGUAAUUAUCAGCGCAUUCGAAAGGAGGUGAAUGGAAGAUUUAGAGCAAUAGACAGUAAAACAGUCAUAUUGAAAUGAACUGCAACUCAAAAGUGUCCAAAAUUCAGUGACAUUUUCUAACAUAUGAUAAUGGGUAAUUUUUAGGAAGGUUGAGAUCCAGUCAGCAUACAUGUACACCAAUUUUGUCCGUCCCACGACAAAUUUUCUGAUUUAAAUAUUUUGUGAGCAUAUACACUCACGAUUAGUGUUUGAAAAUAGUAUCAUCAGUGUUUUCCAACACAUUCAAAAUGAAAAGAAUAUAAACACAAAUUGUAAAAAAAAAAAAAAAACUUUAAGAAAAUUAAAAAAUAGGUGUUGGUAAGGUGAUGGGUGGGUUGAACUGAAAAUUAGGAUGCUUUAAAAACAAAUCAACAUGUACUGAAAAUUAGGAUAUGCUUAAAAAACCAAAGUGUUGGUGGGGAGAGGUUGGGGUGAGUUGAAAAUUAGGUGUUGUGGAGGGUUGGGGAGUGAACUGAAAAGGUCU